CUGGGCGGGCCUGGGAAGCACGUUUUGCGGCGCGUUGCAUCAGCUGCCGGGGCCUGCGCAACUGAAGCCAGCCCGGUUGAGUUCGCUGGCUGCCGCUUCCAUUGGGCUCCUCGCCGCCGCGGAGGGAAGAACCGGCUCAGCCUGUGCAAGGAAGGAAGGAAGAUGGAGACGGCGGCAGAUGAACAGGUAAGGGGGCUCCAGUUUGCGCCCAGCCUCCAUGGCGAGGCUGGCUGGAGGCAGCACCCGCCCUCGGUGCCUCCAGACUUAAAAGGAGGCCUCGCCUUGGGCUCUUUUUCUCUCGCUUUCAAAGAAGCUCCUCCGAGGAGUCUCGGCUGGGUUUGUAACGUGAGGACGCUGCUUGCGCGCACGGCCACUUUUACGCAGCGCCCUUGGCUGUGAAAUCUUUGGCGUGUCGCCUCCUUUCAUAUUAUAACUGACCCCCCCCCCCCCAUACGUAGAAAUGAAAUAGUUGUUUUCCCCCCUGGUAACCUCGCACCCUCCCUUUGCUAGAAUACAAGGCCUUUCCUCGCAGGGACCUCCUGACACCCGCCUGUAAUGUGUGAAGCGUCAUACACGUGGGCAGUAUAGUGUUACGUGGACUCUCGGGAAGCUGCCAUGCAAAUGUCAGCGAGGAUGUUGUAGUUCGAAGGCCAACAGUCACAGCUACUGCCACACCACCCUUUUUCCCGAAUCAAGCUGGGUGCUUGUCUUUUAAUUAUUUUCUCUAUUAAAAAACAAAACCUGCUUGGUAUUCCUCCAAGGAGCUGGGAGUGUUGUGUAUAGAUGGGGGUCAUUCAAUAAAGAAUGGUAGUUGCUGUUUCGUUUCCUCUCCAAGGUAGGGCAGCCCUUCCUGUAAAGCAAGUGGGAUCUAGGAUCAAAAAAAGUUGCCUCAUACAGAGUCAGGCCAUUGGUUCAUCUAGCUUAGUACUGUUGACACAGGCUGGCAGCAAUUCUGAAUUUCAAAUGAGGGGAAUUCCUAGCUCUGCUUGGAAAUUCUGGGAAUUGAACCAGAGACAUUGUUCAGGCACAGCAGGUGCCCUUCCUCUGCUAUGGACCUUUAAAUACCUAUUUUUAAAAUAAGAAAAAAGAGAGGAAGUGCGUUUCAUUAAUUUCAAACAAAUUGGACUGUUUCUUUUUAAAAUCCUUGCCACUGUCCUGAUUUUUGUGGUGUCCAGUUUUCUUGUUUUACUUUAGUUUUGUGAACUGUCCUGAGAUCUCUCCUACAGAGCAAUCUGGGGAUCUGAUAAAUCAGUCAAAAAACAGCCACAGGCUGCAUCUUGAUGUACAAAGGCAAUAUGCUCAUCUGAUCACCAGAUGCUUGAGGAUAAGUCUGCCUCCAUCUUGAUAUUUCUGGGUUGCUUGGCUGCUCCUGGGCAUAGAAUGCCAGCCUAGAUGGUCUCCUGCUGCCCAAGUUUAUUAGGAAGUGUGAAUACAGAACACUUCACCAUGGCGGCAGCUUUGGAUUAAUCCAUCUGCAGCUCCAAAUUGUGAGUAUGAAAGAGAAAUAAAAAUGGAUUGAAGUACAACAGGCAUGUGUUGAAAGCCCCCUCAGUACAUUCACUCAUUGACAGUGGUUGUCAACUUUUAGAGACAAGGAAGGGCUCGUUCCCUGUUUGUGCGCCAGCGAGGAGUGCCAAUGGGCUACAGGCACAAAUUGUUUUGGGAUUCCUGCUUUUAACUUGGCAGAAUUGGAUCACCAAGUGAGUAGUCCUCAACACUUUCAGGUUUGGCAAUGCAAGGUCCCUGGGUAACAGUUUGUGCAUUGGCAUCGCCUGUGCUUUCUGAGGAAAGAACGGCUGUGUUUCUGCCCUUUUCUUCAAAAAGAAGCUUGCAGGCCAGGGAAUGCAAUGCCAAAGGGAGCCUCCCAUCUUGACAACUGCGUAGCUAAGCAUUUUGACUCACCCAAAGUAGGAGUUGGUUUGUUUAUUAUUAUUAUUAAUCUUACUUUCUUUUAGCUUAAUAAGAGGGUUGUUACUAACAGAAAUGGAUUUGAGAUUCCGGUGCAGCUAAAAUGUUUAAUUAUCCUGAGUGUAUUCACACUAAAGUUACAGAAAUUCCUCUGCUGUUUCUAAACAGAAUAAUGAUUUUUGUAGCAGGAUUAAUGAUGACACUUUUUGAAACAAGUGCCUUGGUGGUUUUCUUUUAUUCUUCUAGAUCAUUGCUGGGGGAGAGAAGAAGAAAGAACCAGGAAAGAAGAACAAGAAGGAGGGAACUGGCGAUGGUGGGUGCUUGGAGGUAAGCCUCUACUUCAUGUUUCACAACGAUGGGCAACUGGUGGUCCUCUAGAUGUUGUUUGACUACAGACCGUUGACUGUGGUUCCUGGGGCUGAUGAGAGCCCAGCAACAUCCCACCUCUGUACUUAAACUAUUUACACCCUGACCUGGAGCAUAUUUACUUGGGAAGUAAGUUGCCCUGAUUUUUCCAUGCAAUUUAUUUCUGAAUAGGUGUGCCCUUAAAACUUUUUCCCCCAGGGUUUUCUCACAGUUUGAGUUUGGAGGGAUGCAAAAGCAAGGUACACCCUCCGGCUCUCUUGCCCCUUCUGUCAACCAACCUUUUCUGAUAACAGACCUCUCUCUGUACCAUAGGCAGGGUGCUCCAAGAAGGCACCUGUAGAUAAUUUGGUCUUUAUGGCGCAACCUCUAAAAGUCUUAUCUACAUGUGGAUCCAGGUAUACAUACAAACAUCUCCCUGUAACAUAGAAGCAUUAUGGGGCUUAGUUGAGAUGUGCUGGAGGUUGCUCAGAGGCCUGAAGGGAUGUGUAAUCUGGCCAGCUAUGGUUAUAUUUGAGAUGGUUGGGUAGGAACAUAAAAACAGCCUGGGUGGAUCAGACCCAAAUGUCUCCCCAGUCCAUAACUUUGUUUGUAACAGUGGCUGGACUUAGGCCUCUGGGGUGCAUUCAAGCAGAGCAUGGAGGCAAGAGUUUUUGCUUUUUAACCCCCACCCCAAAUAUUUGGUACUCAGAUGUGUACUGCUAUUCAAUAUGCAGAUUCCAUUUUGUUAUAACAAGCUAUAGUAAAAUGAUAUGUUGACUUCUGAAUGGUUUCUGAGACUCUGAAUAAAAGUAUGCUUACUAAGGUUUUGUGCAACUGCUUUAUUAAUGGCAUGGCUACUUUUGAAGUACAUUAAAUAUUUUAGAUGAACUCUGAAGUACAGUGGUACCUCCAGUUAUGAACAGGAUCUGUUCUGGAGGCCCGGCCAUAUCCCAAAGAUUUCAUAACCAGAGGACUGUUUCUGAGCUUGCGUGAGCGGCAAACCCACUUUCGGGUUUGCUGCAUUCGCAACCCGAAGAUUAUGUUACCUGAAGGUCAUGUAACCUGAGGGUCCACUGUAGUUAAUAAGACUGGUUUCCACAAAACUCCUUUUUCUCCACCUUUCCUUUUUGCAUGCAGCUGAGUCAGUUGCCUGACUACAUCAACCCGCGACUAGAAAUGUAUCAUAAACUGAAAGCAGAACAUGACGCGCUUAUGGCAGAACGAGCUGCUAAAGAAAGCCGGCCCAUUAAAGUUACCUUACCUGACGGCAAGCAAGUUGAUGCUGAAUCCUGGAAGACAACGCCAUACCAAAUUGCCUGUGGAAUCAGGUGAGCUUCCUCUUGGAGUGCAGAAUUUCUUAUUUGGGUAUUUAAUCCUUAAUAGUGUGCUAACCACCCUCUCCUCUGCUUUUAUUCUUCUUUCUUUCUCUAAAAUUGUAUUCAAUAUUUUCAAAAGCGAUUUAUUAUAGGAAUAAGCUUAUUGUGAAGAUGCUUGCUUCAAUGAGGUAUAUUAAAGUGAUCACACACACACACACACACACACACACACACGUUGGCAGUAGUUCUAUGCUACUUCAUGUAGCUAACUGUUAGUCGCUGGAUAAUAAUUUUGAAUUAAACUCAGGAAAUUCUAUACCUUACAAAAAUCUUCUCUUGAGCAAAAGAGCUUGAUCCACUAAACACACAGACUCUGAUAGCAGGUUUUUAUAUCUUGAAAAAUAAUCUUUGAAUAGCCCUGGUAGGAUUAGGAAGUUGGUUCAUUGCUUAUGGGAGUGCACAUUCGGAGAAGUGAUCAGUUGUAACUCAUGUGCUAUUGAAGUAUAUCUGUUGUUUCUUGUUGUAUACAAACAGCUUAUUAUAACUAUUUUGCCUUUUUAGUCAAGGUUUGGCCGACAACACGGUUAUUGCUCGAGUGAACAAAAUGGUUUGGGAUCUAGAUCGUCCUUUGGAGGCAGACUGCUGCUUGGAACUGCUAAAGUUUGAUGAUGAUGAAGCAAAAGCGGUAAUCUACUAUUUAUAAACUGCCCAUUAAGGAAGGAAGGCUUUAAAAGAGAAUACCUGGGCUGGGUUUAAUUUUUAGGAAUAAUUUCUUCAACAUCUCAGGCAAUUGAUGUUUCAACUGAUGAGCAUUCUGCACUCAACAUAUAGUUUUCUAAAUCUUUCACUGAGCAGCAAUGUCUGGCGCCCUGUCAUCACCUGCUGUUCAGUUUCUCUGAGCUUUAAAACCAUUUUAAUUGUUCUGAAAAGUAGGUUUUGUUUGAGGGCAUGUGUAAAGGGACUCUCCAGAGUGGGACAAUUGUCCUAAUUAUGUUGAAACGUAUGGUCUAGUGGCUAGUGUUGGACUAUGACCGAGGAGAGCAGUCCCCACUCAGCCAUGAAGCUUGCUGGGUGACUUUGGGCCACUUACUGUCUCUGAGCCUAACCUACCUUACAAGGUUGUUGUAGUGAUUAAAUGAGGAAGUGGAGAACAAAGAGUUCCACCUUGAGCUCUUUGGAGAAAAGAUGGGAUAUAAAAUGAAUGAAAUUGGGGUGAUAGCUCAGAGCAGAUGUAUUGAAAUCAAUGGACUAAAAUUUACAUCACUUGAGUUUAAUGAGUCUAUUCAAUAUGACUAGCGUUGGAUGUUUCUUUCAAUAAUCUUCAAGCAUUUUUUAAAAUUGGGAAAUCACUCUUUAUUAAGAUAGAGAUUAGCACAGAGUUUAGUGUUUUUGGAAGAAUUAAUUAUGCCAAGUAAUACAAAAAGGGAGGGAUGCGGGUGGCACUGUGGGUUAAACAACAGAGCCUAGGACUAGCCGAUCAGAAGGUCGGCAGUUCGAAUCCCCGCAACAGGGUGAGCUCCCAUUGCUGCCAACCUAGCAGUUUGAAAGCACAUCAAAGUGCAAGUAGCUAAAUAGGUACCGCUCCGGCGGGAAGAUAAAUGGCGUUUCUGUGCGCUGCUCCGGUUCGCCAGAAGCGGCUUAGUCAUGCUGGCCACAUGACCCGGAAGCUGUACGCCGGCUCCCUUGGCCAGUAAAGUGAGAUGAGCGCCGCAACCCCAGAGUUGCUCACGACAGGACCUGAUGGUCAGGGGUCCUUUAAUGCAAAAAGGGGAGCGGAAGAUUUAAAUGUUAUAUUAUAACUCUUGAACUACUGUGGAAAAGGAAGAUGUUAGAUGAUGGCAGCCCAGGAGUCUGAGCUCCCUCUCUUUCUUCCCCUCUUGCUAGGUGUAUUGGCACUCAAGUGCCCAUAUAAUGGGUGAAGCCAUGGAAAAAGUAUAUGGUGGCUGCUUGUGUUAUGGCCCGCCGAUAGAGAAUGGGUUUUAUUACGACAUGUUCCUUGAAGAUGGGUAAGUUUUUGCUCUUGUUAAAGUGAAAGUAUCUGGAUUGUUCUAUACUGUAGCCUAGCCUAGAUGAAAGAAAACACAAAUCCCCCUGGAACAUGGAUUGAAUAAGUCUGUGAAUUUAAAUUGUUUGCUGUUUUCCUUCAUGAUGAUGUCGGAAUGACUGGUAGUGUACAUUCUCUGACUCUCUGGUUCCUGUUUGCCUAGAGGCCAGCCUUCUUGGUAUGGCAAAUUGUGUUUUUGUGAUGGAACACGUGUUAAUGUAAGAGAGAGAUAGAGCUCAAGAAAACAACCUGCACAUCUUUAUUAAAAAAUAAUAAUAAUUGUCCACUCUAGGGGUGUCUCUAGCAAUGACUUUCCUGGUCUAGAGGCAUUAUGCAAGAAAAUUAUGAAAGAGAAGCAACCCUUUGAGCGACUGGAAAUUAAGAAGGAAACCUUGCUUGAAAUGUUUAAGGUAAGAUUUCAGAGCAUAUGGUUCAUGUCGUCUGUAACUAUCACGUCUACAACAGUGUUAGCUGUGUGUUCUUUUGCAAUUUUUUAUCUGGUUAUUUGAAUGCAGAUUAUUAGUUUACCCACGUCUUAUGGUCUUGAUGGAUGGCAGAUUCCAUUUCAGCAAUCUUAGGUAGAAGAUUCUUUUUUUCACUAAGCUAUUGCCAAAUACACCCCCUUCCAUUGUGCUGUGGGUAUUCUUUUCAAAUCAACUGCUUACUGCAGUAUUGAAUGGUUCAGUUGGCAUAAUGCUUUGAAACAUAUACUGUAUUUACUAGAUUAUGACAAAGAUUUAAGAUGGAAAUAUGUUACAGAAAUCUCAGAAUCCUAAUCAUUCUCCCUUGAACUUCUCUGCUUCUCACUAGUUUACUAAUCUCACAAUCCAGUAUUGGUUUGUGUAAGUCCUAUGGUAUGAACAUAUAGGUAAAGAACAGUUUUUUGGCUCAUUGUAUUAUGAAUCUUGCAAUCACUAGGCUGGGAAUUAUGUGCAACUAUUGGCUCGUGAAGUUCUGCAGAGUCCUGGCUUCCAUUUCUGUUAAGGUCAGACAGAAUGGAGAUUUCAAGUAAGGCUGAAGAUUUGCUGAAUAUUGGAUGAUGCAGUUGUAGAGCAACCCAUAUUUUCCUUGAGACAUCUUUUAAGAUUGUUUGACUUCAUGAGACAGAGAAAUAAAAUUCUUAGUGUCUGUAGAAUGACUUUUUGUUUUUAUGGUUCCCUUUUGUAUGAUUCGGCAAUAUAUUACAGGCAUAUGUAAAGAUGCAGUUUGGAUCUUAACAGUGGCAUAGAAUUAACUCCCACUCUUCUGUUUUUCUCAAAGUACAAUAAGUUCAAGUGUCGGAUCUUGAAUGAAAAAGUCAACACUCCAACUACUACUGUAUACAGGUAAAAGAAUACAAAAAUCAGCCAAACCGAGAGCUCCUAUAGUGUAACUAUUCGGGAGUCUGAUUGUUAUCGUUGUGUGGUUUUAGGUGUGGCCCUUUGAUCGAUCUCUGCAGAGGACCUCACGUCAGGCAUACUGGUAAAAUAAAGGCAUUAAAAAUACAUAAGGUAAGAAAUUAAACAAUAGUGCAAUUAAAGUAAGAGUGUAGAAAUCUCAGGGCUAAUCCUCAGUGGUAGGAUUUUCUGGGAGUGUGCUGAGGUUUUAAAAUCAGAUCAAAAAUCAGUUUAAUUAAUGAAGAAUUAAUUCAUUAGAGUGGUUUUUAGCCAAUGUAGAGCUCUACAAUUCAUGCCCAUUCUCCUAUACUGCACUGCAGAUAGGAAGACAAGAAACCUAUAUACCAGUUUAACUUACCUGAAUUGUUUUUGUAAAUUGAGGUUUUUUCAAGCAGUGUAUAAAUUCUAUGAAGUAGAUAAAUUAGAUACUAUUAAGUUAAAGAGUUUUUUUUUUAAAGGUACCAUAUUCUCAUGCUAGCUAUUGAACUCAAUGGACUGAAAGAAAAUACUUUGGCCCCAUUUAAGUUAGCAUAUAUUUCAUGUGGCAGUAAAGGCUUUGUAAGUCCCACUGACUUCAGUGAGAUUUUUAAGCCCUUAUGCUGCUUUGGUUUUUGUCCAUUCUCUUGUCUUUGUGUAUUGUGGCCAUAGUUGUCAAAUGAUGGGGCUGCUUUUUUGGGGAUGCAGCUUUAGAAUAUGCAACUAUUUGUUUACAUUACUUUUUAAUACAGUGGUGCCUCGCAAGACGAAAUUAAUUCGUUCUGCGAGUUUUUUCGUCUUGCGAGGCAUUCGUCUUGCGGGGUACCACUGUAUCCUCAUCUUCCCCUCCCACUGGUUUUCUCAAGCACAAGAAACUUUAAAGUAUCUGAGAAUGUAAGAAGUAUGCAGCUUCAAAACACAGAUCUUACACAUAGUGAAGCCUUCCUGAGUAAAGUUUAGAGUUGCUGUUAAUAAGCUCUGCAACAUCGCUUUGUGGUAUUAAACUGUUUCUGUGAUUCCAGAAUUCUUCUACAUAUUGGGAAGGGAAGUCUGAUAUGGAAAGCCUGCAGAGAAUUUAUGGAAUUUCAUUCCCAGAUCCAAAAAUGCUGAAAGAAUGGGAGAAGUUCCAAGAGGAGGCGAAAAACAGAGACCACAGAAAAAUUGGGCGGGUAAGAUUAACAUUGGUAGCAUGGAUUUGAGCUGGUCAUAUGAGGAGAGUAAAAUUGCUCCUUAAUGUUUUCGAUGUAAUAAAAUAAAUGGUCUGUUUAAUUCUGUAGGCAUUAUUUCAAAAUAUUUUUAAAGUAUGUAUUUAUUACUUAAGAUGCUGAAUAUUUAGAUGUAGGCAUGCAUUAACUUUUAGCGUUUGUUUACUGUACAGAUGGCAACCAUUUUAGGCAUGUCCAAUUGAUGUGUGGGCCCUUUUGGACCCCGAAGAGGUAGAACAGGAGAUGGAAAGAGACAGAACACGCUUUUGCACACGGUGCGAUGUGCAGAGGGGCUGCACAUUGAACCCCCACGUGAAAAAACCCCCACAUGAAAUGGUUGCUGCCUGUAUUGCAGGGAUGGGGGACUUCUGGGCUGUGGCUUCCCAAGCCUUUGAAUUGGGCCCAUGGCACUCUCCCUAUGCCACAGUCCCGCAUUGACUCACUUCACUUCCCCGCUUUGUUCUGCUCCCUCCAUGAAUGCAGCAAAGUGACCAUGGAGAAAGAGAAGGAUUUCAUUCUUGGCCGACUACUCUGAUGAAGCAGAGUCCACUAUCCCUGCUUUGACAGCCCAUUCUCUUCCUGCAUUUCGCUUUUCUGAGCUUGGCUGCCUUGCUGUGCCUUGUGAAAGGGGAGCCCCCUUCUUAGCACACAGAGAGCUGGCUGCCUUCCACUAAGGCCAGCUCACUGUCUUCCCUCAUGAAAGACUCGCCUCUAAAACCUGGUGGAGGCAAAUGGAACAUGGGGUGAAAAAUUAAGGAUCCAAUGGCAAAUGCCACCAAACCGUUAAACUUUUUUUUCAUUCGUCAUAGUUUCUCUGAAUGUUCCUUUUCUUUUUCUUCACGCUGUGGUGGAGUCUUCCUACUUAUUUUCCGCCUCUUCUGGAGAAUGUUCACGUUUUCUUAGAGAAGCUGUGUAUGUUUUGAAGGCCUGGCUCCUUUUGUGUGAUGUUAUAAAGUGAUGGUUCAUUUCCAUGUUGCCUAAGAACCUCCGCCACAACUUUAGCACAGGUGCAAACUGCUUUUUGGUUUCUCUCCCCAGGAUCAAGAACUGUUUUUCUUCCAUGAACUCAGUCCUGGGAGCUGUUUUUUCUUACCAAAAGGAGCAUAUAUCUAUAAUACGCUGAUAGCAUUUAUUAGGGUAAGUUUGAGACACAUGUCCAGUUCAUCUUUGCCAGCAGCCGCAUGUGAUCUCUUGGAACAGCGACUUGCGUUUGCACAGAGGCAACGCAAAGGAGAAGAUUGCAUUGACUGCUUUCAAAGCUCCUAUGUGCAGUCUGUUUCAUAUAAGACAUGUACAUAUAAGACAUGUUUCUGCUAGACAUGUACAGUCACAUGGCAGUAGCUCGGUAAGUUAACCCUUGUGCUGCCUUCACAAAAAACCAACAACAACCCAGGUUUAUCACGCUUUAGCAGGAUCACUUUGUAGCUGGCAGCAGCAUUUGGCUUUGUGGUCACAAGUUGUGAAAGCCUGUAUUAAAGCCAAGUAUAACAACAGAAACAGAGUACAGCCGAUCAGCCUCUUGAAUUACUCACAAAUUAUUAACUGUACAAGUCACUCAUAGCUUUAAUGGAUUUCUAUUGAUUUUGGGGCCCGUCUGACAACUAGACUAUCAGUUCAUGAUUUCAUUGAUCUGAUCAUUAAAAGAAGUGGGUGGCUAUGAGUUACAGUCCUUGGCAAGGUCUAUAAUGUUUGUUUCAGAUUUGGUGUUACGUAGUCAUAGAUGUAGGGACGCAGGUGGCGCUGUGGUCUAAACCACUGAGCCUCUUGGGCUUGCCAAUCAGAAGGUUGGUGGUUCGAAUCCCCGUGACGGGGUGAGCUCCAGUUUCUCAGUCCCAGCUCCUGCCAACCUAGCAGUUUGAAAGCACACCAGUGUAAGUAGAUAGAUAGGUACCGCUCUGGUGGGAAGGUAAACGGCGUUUCCGUGCGCUGCUCUGGUUUUGCCAGAAGCAGUUUAGUCAUGCUGGCCAUAUGACCCGGAUAAACUGUCUGCGGUCAAAUGUUGGCUCCCUCGGCCAGUAAAGCAAGAUGAGCACCGCAACCCCAGAGUCGUUCGCGACUGGACUUUACUGUCAGGGGUCCUUUACCUUUACCUUUUUAGUCAUAGAUGUGUGUUGUGCUGACCCUCUGGCAUCAAAAGGCACAUUGCAACUGUGAUGUCCUCUUUCUUUGUGGAACACACUUUUUCUCUAGCCCCUAUACCCCAUUAUUAUUAUUAUUAUUAUUAUUAAAGUUGGGGGGGAGCAGGCUAAUAGGCCUAGUUUGUUGAUCUGCCAUGAAGAGUGCUUUGCUCAAUUUUGACAUAGAUUUAACAUCUCUGUAGGCGUUUGAAUCAUCGACCAGACUUUCUCAGUCUGCCUCCUCUUAGGUGUUUCUGAUUUUUAACUCUCUUCUUUUUUCCAGAGUGAAUACCGAAAGCGAGGAUUCCAGGAAGUUGUGACACCAAACGUCUACAACAGCAAGCUCUGGGUGACUUCAGGGCACUGGCAGCAUUACAGUGACAACAUGUUUUCCUUUGAGGUGGAAAAAGAGAUCUUUGCUCUGAAGCCGAUGAACUGCCCCGGACAUUGGUACUUGCUUAGUCGGGGACUGCUUUGAGAUUACUUCACUUUCUUUCCCCUUCCUAGUAAACUCUUGUGUGCUGCUUGGCCGCUGUCGAACCACCCUUGCAAGGGUGGAUAAAAAUCAACGAUUUUUUUUAAAAAAAUAAAUAAUAAAAAUCAGAUUUAAAAAAAAUUUAAAUCAGAUUUUUAAAAAUUUAUAUUGGAUUUUUAAAAUAAAAUGCUUUUGGAGGAAAAAAUCUUUCUAAAGAUAGUUUUCUAUUAAAGUUACAUUAUAGUCCAAAGGCUAUUUAUCAGGAAAUAAGGAUUUGUUUUAAGUUUUUCAUGUUUGCUAAAACUCAGUAUAAGGUUUGUUUGUUUUUAAAAAAUAAUAAUUGUUUAACCACAUCAUUUAACAGACAUGGAUACAUAUGCUAUAAUGUUAUUGUUUUAGUUAAAUAAAUUCUUAUUAAGGAAAUGAUUAUUUUUUUCCUUCCUAUAAUGUACAGCAGAAAAGUUGUCCAAAUAUAAACAGUUAACUUAUUAAACCUCACAAUAAUUUCACAAUUAUCUGUCCAUGUAUUUCUAAUAGUAUCACCAAAUCAGUAAUUUUUGAUAUAACUGUAAAAACUACUCUGAAAAUAUAUUAUUCCAAAAAUGAAACCUUACUCUGGUUGUAAGUAUUAAGACGCUACCAGCAAGAAUGAGUCUUUCUGUAGAAAAUGAUUGAAAAUCAAGUCUUACUGACUAGUUAAAUUGAUUUGAUUUAAAUCAAAUCCACCCUGAUCCUUGCACAGUUAAAUGUGCUAUUUAUGCUAUGUGACCUUGGGCUGUAGAGGAAAAGAUUCUGUGUCUUCAUAUGGCAAAGAGCCAAAAAAAGGACAUGGAUCAUUUUGCUGUAAUCACUGCUACUGUUACCACCAUUUUGCUCCUUCAACUUCCCUUACCUAGAUUCCUACCUGAACCUUCCUUGGAAGUGCUGUUGCUUCUCCAUAAUAAUCUCUGUGCCUCAGUCUUAUGCCAGAGACUAUGGGUCUGACUCCUGCUUUCCCCCUCGUAAGCCCCUUUGCCCUGUUCCUUUGCAUUCUACCUCUUUUCCUUUUGAACCCCCUUGAGCUAAAAAGGACCAAUUGUGACUUGUGUUUCAAAAUGUUUCAGAGUAAUCAAUCAGUGAUUGUAUUUUGCCUUUAACUAUCCGGUCAGUUAGGGACGCGGGUGGCGCUGUGGGUUAAACCAGAAGGUCGGCGGUUCGAACCCCCACAACAGGGUGAGCUCCUGUUGUUCGGUCCCUGCUCCUGCCAACCUAGCAGUUCGAAAGCACGUCAAAGUGCAAGUAGAUAAAUAGGUACCACUCCGGUGGGAAGGUAAACGGUGUUUCCGUGCACUGCUCUGGUUUGCCAGAAGCGGCUUAGUCAUGCUGGCCACAUGACCCGGAAGCUGUACGCCGGCUCCCUCAGCCAAUAAAGCGAGAUGAGCGCCGCAACCCCAGAGUCGGUCACAACUGGACCUAAUGGUCCUUUACUUUUUUAUCUGGUUAGUGCGCUGUGCCAAUCAAUCAUUUGGGAUUCCGUUUGCAGUCAGCAGAGUCAUUAGAAUGUAAACUAAAUCUGCAGCAUCUGAGGAGCUCGGCCUCUGUUGUUCAAGGCAGCCUUUGAAAGGCAUUCUCUUAUCAGAGCUGAUUUCCAACACGUGUCCUGUUUCCUCCAGCCUCAUGUUUGAUCACCGGCCCAGAUCCUGGAGGGAGCUGCCACUGCGACUGGCUGACUUUGGCGUUCUCCACCGCAACGAACUGUCAGGGACGCUGACAGGCCUCACCAGAGUGAGGCGCUUCCAGCAGGACGACGCUCACAUAUUCUGUGCCAUGGAGCAGGUACAAUAUGACACGCAGUUGUGGGCGGGAAAUGGCCUCAUGAAAACGCCGGGACUUUGACUGCAUCUCUUUUUGUUCCGUGUGCAGAUUGAAGGGGAGAUAAAGAGCUGUCUGGAGUUCUUGCGUGCCGUAUAUGACGUGUUCGGCUUCUCCUUCAAACUCAAUCUCUCCACCCGCCCUGAAAAAUACCUUGGAGACGUUGAAGUGUGGAAUCAAGCUGAAAAGGUAGCCGAUACCUCCUUGACCAGGAGCUGUUUUUUUAAGCCUAUUUAAGUGACUGCAAGAACUAAGAGGUAUUCUAGAUAACUCGAUAGGCUUCUGGUGUUAAUGGAAUUUAUGUUUUAAUUUCCUGGCCGGUGUGUGUGUGUGUGUGUGUGUGUGUGUGUGUGUGGACUAAGGUAGCAAAUGCUCCAUGCCUAUUUAUGUUCAAACCGUGCUGUGAGGAAGAGAGAAUAUAAAAUGAAUUAUGCAAUGCAAAGCCACUAACCUGUAUAUCCUCUUCCGUUAGCAACUUGAAAAUAGCCUGAAUGAAUUUGGUGAGAAGUGGGAACUGAACCCUGGGGACGGAGCAUUCUAUGGGCCAAAGGUUAGUAAAUUUGAAAACUUGCCUCCCUUCCCAGCAUCUGGUCACUUUUGAUACUUAUUCCACAAGCAGCGAUGGUGGAUAAAUUGUCCACCAGAGUUUAUUUAGUUCUUAAUUCCCACAUGUCUGUACAUACUUGUGGGAGGCAGGCAAGUUAAAUGCUGCUUAAGGAUGGGUCAGUUCUCUCUGCACUGUAUAAGCAGAAUGAUGCAUACAGUGGGCGCUUGGGUUGCGAAUGUGAUGUGUGAGGGAGGCACGUUUGCAACCUGCAGUGUUCGCAACCCACAGCGCCGCGUCUGUGCACGUGCGGGUUGCGAUUUGGUUCUUCUGCGCAUGCGCAAAGUGCGAUUUAGCGCUUCUGCGCAUGCGCUACCGCUGAAACCCGGAAGUAACCCGUUCCGGUACUUCCGGGUUUUGGCGCAUCCGUAACCUGAAAAAAUGCAACCUGAAGCGUCUGUAACCCGAGGUAUGACUGUAAUUAUUUUUCAGGCUACUUGGAAUAUAAUGGACCUGCUUCAUUCCUACUCUGGUGAACUUCCUUGCAGGGUAGAGAGUAUACAUCCAUUUCACCAUACAGAAGGCAGCCAUUACAGUUUGUGAUCUAGGCUGUGAAAUAAGGCUAGGCCCAGAUACAUUUUUCCUUUGGGGCAGGGGGAGCCAUCCCAGCCUAAUUAUGUUUAUCUAGCAAAAAAGAGUUUGUAAUUGGCCAGGUGUUCACUUUAGAAAAUGAUCAACGAAGUUGAGGAUCAAGAUGUGAUGGGGGACAGAAAGUGGCCUUGCAAGCUAACCUCACAUUAGUUGCCAGCUGGUCGGAUGUCCCGUUUGGCCACUAGGAUGCUUCACUGUUCCCCCAGUUGGCAACCAUGCUAAGGGUAGGGGCUGAGGGUGAGAGCAGAUGCAAGGUCACCUUAGCAUCGCGCUGCUCUUCCUGGCACAAACCUGUGGAGCUUAUGAAAGACUAGGAGGAAGUGAGCCCAUGGGUCCUUCCUCCAAGUGGUCCAUGGUUAAAAGAAGGUGGGAUGAGGAAAUGGGAUUUGCUUUAAAGUGUUGCUGUACCUAAGGACUCAAUUAACAUUUGCCUCAUUUCCUCACACUCCUCCCAUAACCCAAAAGAUUGACAUUCAGAUUAAAGACGCCAUUGGCCGGUACCAUCAGUGUGCUACAAUCCAGUUGGAUUUCCAGCUGCCCAUAAGAUUCAAUCUCACCUAUGUGAGGUGAGUGUGCCGUGUACUUCCUUUGACUACAAAGCGUUUCCUGUUUUAUGAGGGCUUGUGUCUUGACGGAAGCCAAUUUUUAUCUUCUAGUCAUGAUGGCACUGACAAGAAACGGCCAGUGAUUAUCCACCGUGCUAUCUUGGGAUCUGUGGAGAGGAUGAUUGCUAUCCUGACAGAAAACUAUGGAGGCAAAUGGUACUGAAUAUAUCUUUCUCUCUCUGGUUUUGCCCAGUUUGUCCAGUUUUAGCACAUCCAGUGAAGCAGGCACAGUUCAAACCAGCUCUGCUUGUUCCAGGCUCUGUUCUGCCUGGUCAUCGUAUUUUUUAAAAUGUUCAUUGGGUAGUGCAUUUGGCCGGCUCUGUGAAAUCCUAUAAGAAUUUUCAAUAUUUUGCCUGAGCAUGUGAACAGGAGGCCAGGGGUUUACAUACAAGCCCCCCCACCGCUGCACACCUGGUUUCCAACCUUCCCUGGUUUCCUGAUGGAGUGGAGGAUACUAGUUCUGUUCAAGUGAAUGUGUGAGGAACCCCCUGAAAGCUGGAAACUUUGGGAAGGGAAGCAUGUGCAAGGACGCUUGCUUGCAUGUGCACCCCUGCCCCCACGUUGCAUAUGCCCUUGCUUAUAUCUCUCACAAGUGCUUCUGCUAGGUGUCGGCACCAUGGGAAGAGUGGAAGAGAGAGUAAAGGAAAAAUAAGCAAGUCCUUGGGGAAGUGGAUUGAGAAAAGUGUCUGUGGAUACGCGUUCUGUAAAGAAAGAAGUUUGUCUCAACAAAAAGGCACGACAGAAGAAUUGCUGAGUUUGCCACCCCAAAGAGCUUAGGAAAGGUUAUUAAAAUUGUUAAAGUAAUUUCUGUGAGAAAUACAGUAAGCCUGUAACUUAUGCGCAUUUAACUUGUGCGCAUUCAGCUUUACAUGUGUGGAAUUAAAAAAAAGACUGGCGUUCCAGGAAAAAGGACUUUGGCAAUAGCACCUGCCAUGGAACCCAAUGGCCUUUGACUGCACACAGUUUUUGCUUAACUGCAAUCUCGAGAAUGUAACCCCUUCAUACGUUGCAGGUUUACUGCACUCAAAGGCUUGAUUCAAGUAUAACAAUUAAAUUUAUUAAGCCAAGAAUGAGUACUUGGCCCACAGACUUCCCCUGCCGCAUAGGUUUUGGCACUUCUUUCAUGAUUGUUGAAAUCACGAUUUCUUGUCAUGUCAAAACUGGGAACCCCAUUUCAAUUUAGGCUUACUAGGGUAUGAAACAAGGAUCUGGUCUGAUCUGAAUUAGGACAUUUCCUGUAACAAUGCAAUUUAGGUGCUUCAUGGUCAUUUUCCAAUGAACUCUCAUUAAGCGACAGGAUUGCAGAAGCAAGUUAGCUGGUACCGUCAGCCCUUUAAGCAUAACAUUGUUUGCUGUUCUGAGUGCAGUGUUGUCUUCCGAGUGGUAUAAUGAUGUCUUCUGUUAACCCUCCUACUUUUGUUUCCUCCUUGCACAAGGCCGCUCUGGUUAUCUCCUCAGCAGGUGAUGGUGGUGCCAGUUGGACCAACACUUGAUGAAUAUGCCCAAAAGGUAGGGGCUUAAUUUCUCUAGUUCCAGAUUUCCAGUCAAGUCCUAUGAGCUAAAGCACCUGCCAUUGCUUGAUGUUUUCACACUGGGCUGUUUGUAAGGCAAUUCUACACAUUUUGGCUAAGAUCCGUGGUUUGCGCAUGCACAGUUGGAGUCUUAACUCCUUUUCUUCUGAUGGACUCAUUUUUGUGCAGAUGGUAGGUAUUGACCAACUUGGUUUGUUGUAUUUCUAUGCUGCUUUCCAUUCAGAUGAAUCCCCAAAUGGCUUACAAACAAUAAAAAACAACGUCUUAAUAGAGUGUCACAAGUACGGCAUAAAUCACAUACUAUAAUUAACAAAUCACCAGUAAAACAAUUGCAUUUUACGAAAUGCUAUUAACGACCCAGCAACUAAAAAUAAAUAUCACCAUUACAGCAUGCAGGAAUGCCAUUCCCUUGCCUAUCUUUUGUCGUAUGUACAUGUAAUGUAUAUAUUGUGGGAAGCAGUGUGCAGGUGUGGGAUUCCCCUCUCUCUCUCUCUCUCUCUCUCUCUGUGUGUAAAUGUGCCUGAGCACUAAGCAAACCCUACUUUCACUUUCCUAAAAAUAUUUCUACACUUGUUAUAAAUUUGUCACCAUCUUUAAGAUACAAUGGUACCUCGGUUUAAGAACUUAAUCCGUUCCGGAAGUCUGUUCUUAAACCAAAACCGUUCUUAAACUGAGGCGCUCUUUCCCUAAUGAGGCUUCCCGCUGCCAGUGCCCUUCCACCAUUCAGAGUCUGUUCUUAAACCAAGGUAAAGUUCUCAAACCUGGACACUACUUCCACUUUUGUGGAGUUCGUAAACCGAAUAGUUCGUAAACAGGACUGUUCUUAAAUCGAGGUACCACUGUGUGUGUGCGUGCGUGUGUGUGCGCGUUUGUGCGUGUGUGCGUGCGUGUGCCCCAAAUGCACUGAUUUAUAGUGCCUAACUUGUAUACAUUCCAUUGUAAACUCUGUUGCUUCUUAAGCUUUCUCCUGAUGAAAGAACACUUGGCAUAUAUACUUUUGCUGCUGCUCAAAUUUUUCCAGUGUUUUUAAUUAUGUUUUAUGGAUAUUUAUGGACUGGGGUUGGUUUUUUUUUAAACACAUUUUGUAUGUUGUAAGCUGCCUCAGUGUACUUAGUACCUUCUUUAUUUAUAUAAAUAAAGGCUAGACCUCCGAAAAUUUAGCCUACCCAUAACCUAAAUACUUUUCUCUUGCUGUUGUCUCCAAGGUGAAGCAGCAGUUCCAUGAUGUUGGUUUAAUGGCAGACGUUGAUGUGGACGCUGGUUGCACCCUGAACAAGAAGAUAAGAAAUGCUCAGCUUGCACAGUACAACUUCAUUUUGGGUAAAAACAUCACCUUUUUGUAUGUGGUAGGACUCCAUUGGGACAAUGUGCUUCAGAGGUUACUAGCACGGGGCAGUUAUAUAAUUGUUAGCUUGUAAAGUUUGCUGCCUUUGCAAGUAGACAGCAAGAGAAGUAUUCCCUUUGGAGCUUGCCUGUGCUGCCUCGUUAGCCACAGCUAGUGCUGCCUCCAUUCUGAUUUAUGUCAGAUUUAUAGCCACCUCUUGGGGAAAUCUUUGGCACUCUUGCCUGUUAAGAAUCAAGUAAAUUGGCCCAAGUCUUCUUUGGUAGCAGAGUGGCUCAGAAACAUCUGUCUUUGGUAAUUUGUUCUGCCUCUUUAUCAGCAUUGUAAAAAGGUAAAAGAAUUCUAGGGCACGUUUUGUUCUCGGUUUAAAAAGCAGGGAAAAAAUGCAGCAAAUAUGCUUGGUGCAUGCUUGCAACAUUCAGUACUUAUCACAUCCCAAUAACAGGGGCCUGAUCAUCUUCCCUCGUGUUGCCCCUUACUUAAAUUUCAAAGGAGAAAGGGAGCAUAGACUUGCCACUCAUAUUUGACAUGAUCUGCACAUAUUUUGCAUUAGUGCACAUUCUUGUCCUCAAAUGCAAUUGGGUAUAAGUCACUUGUUCUUCUCCCACUAUUAAAUUUGUGUCCUUCCUACAGUUGCAGUGUCUCUGUAUGCUUUUUUUUAAUUAUUAUUGUUUUACAUCUUAAGUGCACCUGUGGGCUACAUUGUAGCCACUGUGACAGAAAUUCAGAGGAGCCAAAAGAGUGCAGAAAUAGUUGGAGCGUUUGUUCAGCAUCCUCCAAAAUGCAGUGUCCCAGAAUAUCUCUGAUUAUAUGCUCGUCCAGCUGUCCUUGGAAAGUGCCCAAGAAAGUUUUCUGUAAUCUUGAUAAAUUGUUCAAUUGCAGGACUUCAGUUGGUAGUUAGUGAGGUUUAGCGUAAAUCAAUUCAGUAGCAGCUCUCUAAUAUCUUUUUUAAAAAUACGUGACCAUAGUUAACAUACUUAUUUCUUAAACUCUAUUCUUUCAGGCUAUACAAACAUAUCCAGUUCCUUUUAUUGUAUAGAUUUCCCUGUUACACUGCUGUUUGAUUCUUCUCUGAAUCCUUCCCAGUUUAUCUGUAUUCUGUUGCCCAAAGCACUAAAUGAUGCAGCAGAUGUUCUGAGUUAUUAAUACUGAGCAGAGUAGCAUACAGGCAUCUCACAACUUACGGAGGGGUUAACGUUCCUGGGUACCAUGCGCAUACAUGAAACGGCUUAUAGUGGGGAACACCAUCUAAAAAGCCUGCAAACGCCCUCUAAACCUCUGGAAAAACCACCAAACUCGACCACAUUUGCUCCCUCCAAACCUCCUUUCUUAAACUCUUAACCCUCCAUAGGCCUCAAAGGUCAGUGCAAAGUCUCAUGGGAUUGCAGUUGCAAAGGCUUCUGGGAUUGCUAGCGGUUUCUCUGCCAUUUUGAAGUUUCCCUGCUCUUUUGGGGACUUUUUGCCCUUUUCAGUCCUUUUUGCAGUUUUAAUUAAUACACGGUUGAACGUGCGGAAAUGGGGAGUCGCAUGUAAUUCCUUCAUUUUGGUUCUUGAGCAUUAAGUAGUAUAUAAUUGGUUGACUCUCUCUCCCCCCCCCCCCAACAUACUUUUCAGUGGUCAACAGUAUCAAGAUCUCCUUUGUAACCUGCUUGUCUCUUUCCUGUCUUUUAGUUGUUGGUGAAAAGGAAAAGGCCAGUGGGACGGUGAACAUCCGCACCAGAGACAACAAAGUGCAUGGCGAACGCACCGUGGCUGAGACGGUGGAGAGGCUGCUGCAGCUGAAGGACUCGCGCUGCAAAAACGCUGAAGAAGAAUUUUAGCCAAGCCCUCCUUUUCCACAUUUUUUUCCUUCCCCCAUAGCAGUUAACCUUUCUGGAUUUAGCAAUGUUUGCUCUGUACUGUAUUUGAUAAGAGAUCUUUGUCAAAAGAACCAAAACACCCACUUGCUUUCGUAUGUUCAGAAAUUAAGUUUGUAAGUCCAUUUUGUAUAAAUGUGGGCAACUGCCUUGAUUAGCCUCUGCAAGCUCCAAGUCUGUGGAGCUUGAAGAAGCUAAAACUGAAAGGGACAAUGGAACAAUUAAUCAGGGAUUAAAAUGCCACUGGUAGCAACCCUCUGAUAAUUUAUCCUCUUCGUGAAAUAAAUUUGUAUUUCAGCAAGAUUGAUUAAAAUGGUGUGCUUCUUGAAGCUUUGCAGCC